UUCAUAUAAUAUUUUUCCCGCAAGCCGACUGUCCGUUUGGAGUCAACUUUUGCGUACUUCACAGCGCCGGAAAAUCUCCCAAAACGCAGCUGUCAGCGCCAUCCACUUCGCCGCCCCUCAUCCCUCGCAGCGGCGACCGAUCUUCCUCAAUCGGCGCCAUCUACUUCGAUCGAUCGAACUUCUCAAUCUAACCAUCUGCUUCCCCAUUUCUGCUCUACCCUAAGCCCUAAAUACGCCAGAGCAGAGAAGUGAGAAGAAACUUGCGAGGAAGACCACCUUCUUCUUCAGUGUAUUUCUGCCGUGAGUGCGCUUUUCUUCUUCUUUACAAAAGAAACAGAGGCGGUUGAAAGAUAGGCGGAGAAAGAGGUCGGGAUCGUGGGAUGAGAGAGAGAGAGAGUGGUCGGCUGAGUUUUACCACUCUUUUACUUCUCAGAUCCACCGCUGCUGCUGCAUUUUUCUCACUCUAGGUUUGAAACUCCUGAUGAGAUCCUAAAAUGGCUGUUAAAAACAAAUUCAAGCUAUUUGCACUUGUGGGAAUCGCCUUCUGUAUAGUGUCACUGCUGGUACAUCUUCUGCUUGCAAAUUAUUCAGCCGGGGACAUCAUACAAUAUAGGCCAACUGUAGAUAAGAUAUACCAGCAUGGAAAGAAGUUUAGGUACAGAAAGUUAUGGGGUUCAAUCCAAUCUUUGGAGGCCUUGCAACCAUUUGCCAACCCUAGGAAAGCUUAUCCUGUUCCAGGAAAACAAAAUGGUUUUAUAUAUGCGAAGAUAUAUGGCGGAUUUGAUCAGGUUAAAUCUUCGAUUUGUGAUCUCGUUGCUGUUUCAAGAUUGCUAAAUGCCACUCUUGUCAUUCCCGAGAUUCAGGACAGUAUUCGCUCCAAAGGAAUUAGUUCCAAGUUUAAGAGCUUUUCUUAUGUGUUUAAUGAGGAGCAGUUCAUAGCCGCGCUAUCAAAUGACCUGAUUGUUGUGAAGAGUUUACCUAAUGAUCUUAGACAAGAAAGGAAAAGGAACAAGCAUCCAACCUUUUCAAUCAGAUAUUCAGCUUCCCCAAGCUUUUAUAUCAAAGAAGUAUUACCUAAACUGAAGCAAUCAAAGGCUGUUGGCUUGUUGAUUUCUGAUGGUGGAUGCCUUGAGUCUAUUCUCCCCCCAGACUUGGAAGAAUAUCAGAGACUUAGAUGCAGGGUUGCAUUCCACGCCCUUCAGUUUCGUCCAGAAAUUCAAUCAUUGGGAAACCUGAUUGUGGAAAGAUUACGGGCUUCUGGCCGUCCUUAUCUUGCAUUGCAUCCUGGGCUUGCAAGAGAUACCUUGGCUUUUCAUGGCUGUGCUGAACUUUUCCAGGAUGUUCAUACUGAACUUAUUCAAUAUCGAAGGAACCAGAUGAUCAAGCGUGGCAUUGUUCACGGAAAUUUGAGUGUUGAUUCUACAUCUCAGAAAAGAAAGGGGUUUUGCCCACUUAUGCCUGAAGAGGUUGGAAUUCUCCUUCGGGCAAUGGGGUAUCCUCCAGACACAAUAAUCUAUUUGGCUGGCGCAGAAAUGUUUGGUGGCCAAAGGGUUCUAGUCCCUUUACGUGCAAUGUACACAAAUUUGGUGGAUCGAACUUCUUUAUGCAGUAAGACAGAGUUAUUCAAGUUGUUAGGCCCAGAAGCCCCUCUUCCUUCAAACUUUCCUGUUCCAAUUCCACAGAAAACCAAGAAACAGCUUAUCGAAGAGUGGAACAAAGCUGGGCCUCGGCCACGACCUCUCCCUCCACCUCCUGCUAGACCUUUUUAUCAGUAUGAGAAGGAAGGUUGGUAUGGUUGGAUUGCCGAAAGUGAUGUCGAACCAGACCCUUCAGCAACAGAUCUGAGAUUUCAGGCUCACAGGUUGUUGUGGAAUGCUCUUGAUUAUUAUGUUUCUGUGGAGGCUGAUGUAUUUUUCCCUGGAUUUCAUAAUGAUGGGAGUGGUUGGCCUGAUUUCUCUAGCCUUGUCAUUGGCCAUCGGUUGUACCAAAUGGCGUCUUCAAGAACUUAUCGCCCAGACAGAAAAACACUCUUCAUGCUUCUAGAUUCAAUCCGCGACAUCCUUUAUUAUCCUAAGCAUAAUUGGACAGUCUUGGUUCGCGAAAAUCUCAACAACAGUUUAGGCAUCAAUGGUUUAAUAAUGGAGUCACGGUUGUCAAAACCAAGAUCAUUUCUUUCCCAUCCUUUACCAGAAUGCUCCUGCAGAGCAUCAAAAACUCCUGAAGUUCAAAAACUUGUGAAGGGACCCAAUGAUGAAAUCCUGUUUGGUGGUGAAGAAAAAUGCCCCGAAUGGAUGAUUCGAGGUCUUGAUUUCGUUCUUUCGGAAUCCGGCGAUCUAAAAGAUGAAGGCGAUGAGUUUCCUGAAGAAGAGUUGGAUUUGGAGAACCGGCAGGAUGCCGGCGAUGGAAGCAGAAGCGAAGCCACCAGACCCGUUGAGCAGGAUGAAGAAAUGGAUCCAGAUGAUUAGAGACCCCAAACAAUAACAAUAUUCAAACAUGUUUUUUCAAGCGGUUUCCGUGCCAUUGGUCGUUAUUUGUGGAGACCCAUGGUUCUUCGUCCAGUGCUCGUGGACGACAAGGCCUGCCAUAAUUCUUCCUACACGGUCAACGACUGAAAGGAGUUUCAUAAUUUUUUGGCUUUUCAUACCAAAGCUGGUGUGAUCUGUAAAUUUGUGAUUCCAUACUUGAGGAUUAGGUGUUCUUUCUAGCUCUUUCUGACCAUUUCCCAAUAGGCAAUUUUGGGCUUAGAGAAUUGAUUGUCCGGUUGCUGAUAUAUGAUAUAUUGUGUACCAUUUUGAGAAACUGCUACUUUUUAGGGUUUCUAUAUUUUUUUAUUUCUAAUGCAUAGUAAUGACUAAAAUGCAGCUUUCACAUGUAUCAGUGUGACACAAAUUAACAGCUCAUUUUAAGCU